CCCUUGAGGCCGAUAAAAUACCCGGCAGGAGGAAUUUUAAAAUUGUAGUCAUCAUCGUGCAGAUUGGAAAGUGUAGUUGUCAGUUGUCCGAAUGGGCGCUUGCUCGAUGACGUUGAAGGGGCAGCUGGGUGGGCCACGAUGAACAGUCGACCAUUCUCCGGAUCGCCCAUUCUGGCUUGUCCCUACGAGGCAUGCAGGCCAAUGAUUCCACGACUGCACAUCGAUAGUCUGCAGCCUCUCUGGCUUUUGUUUCGCGCCAAAUCUCACACGAUGCUGCGCUUGAUCUUGGUUCUGCCAUCCCCCGACUUGAGUAGGCUUGCACGUGCAACUGGCCGUAUCCAAGCGACUUUUAAGCCCGGGUUAGUAGGAACUGCGACUAGUUCUCUCGCGCCGGUUCUCUCGGCAUCUCCUUCUUCCUCCUCCCCCCGUCCCAAACCUCCGUCCCCAACUCUCCUCUUCAUCCGUGCACGACAGAACGAUCGGAUCUCGCUCGCUGUCGACGGGCAUCCGUACUACCGCCUUUGUGGCCCUGCUGGAGUCUCUUGUCUUUGGUGAUAAUCAGACUCCCGAGCUUGGACUUUACCGCUAGGGGAUACAGAAUGCGGUGGCUCACAGCAGCAUGAACCCCUGCCCCAAAGCUGAUGCCACCAUUUGAAGCAUUAUAUUUUGUGAAAGCUUCCAGGGUUUUGCCUUGAUUACAGUCAAUCUCUCGGACG